AUGCCUGCUCUCGAGGUCGCCGAUGAUCAGGUCUCCUCGUUCUCUGUGCAGUCGUUCGACCCUUCUCCAGACAGCAUCACCAUGGCAUCAGGUCUCGCGAGACGCGUUCGUGCUCUCACUCUGAAGCUACUGCCCAUCGAAGUAUCCCCGGACAGUAUCAGCGAGCCCACGAGUCGGAUCAUAACGUCUCGAGUCAUCAAUGCAUAUAUUGCGGCUGCAGGAGACUUUGUGGAACCGCUCCCGUAUUGUCUUCUCUUGGCUCGGAAACAGUUCAUGCUCGACGCCAACAAGUAUCCGGCGGAUUAUGAGGAGAACGAGGGAAGAGCGGUGGCAUGUGAAGUUCUCGCACGGAGGGUGAUCCAUUAUGCUCCUCCUGAGAAGAUCUCGACAAUGAUGACCGCUCGUUACCGGCAUCGAGAACUAGAUGGUGAUGUCAGCGGGAGCUCCAGUGCUCUUGAGAUGGCCAUCGACGCUCACUGUACUAUAUUCUUGUCCUCGAGCGAAGCGCAAGAUGUUGUCCAGGAUAUGUGGUGUGGCCGUAUUGUACAACUGUACGAUUCCGAGGGCGAUGUCAGCUUCGUCCCUCACCAUGCUGCCGACUACCACGGCUUUUGGAGUCACCUCUCUCCCUCCAGGCUUGGAGUUCCGAGAUACCAGAACGUCUUCCGCAUUAUCGUCUGGUUUAUCUUCCUAUUCACCUAUUCACAAGCCGUACGCGAGCCUCUGGACAAGGUGCACAGGGAUCACAAUGACCUUGACAACUGGGAGAUAGUGCUGUAUGUGCUGGCUUUGGCCUUUGCCAUCGAAAAGAUCUUCAAACUUCUGGUGCUCGUCUCAUGGCGAGCUUUUGGCUUCUGGAAUGUGGUUUCCUUCAUCACAGAUUGCCUUUUGACGGCCGCAUUCACCCUGCGCAUGAUUGGUAUCGUGCGUCCGGGAAAACAAGAGGCCAUGAUACUAUACAGCUUCCAGUGCCUUAGCUUCGCGGCUCCCUCUUGUGAGCUUAUCCCCAUCUUCGAUGGCUAUAAAUUCGUUGGGACGAUGCAGAUCUGUGUCGCUCGAAUGCUCAAAGAAUCGGGGUUCUUCUUCUGUCUUUUGGCUCUGCUCGGUAUCGGAUUUCUACAAGGCCUAUACGCCCUCGAUGCUGCAGAUGGCCAGACUGAUCACCCUACCAAGAUAUUACAUGUUCUCAUUCAAUCUCUGCUCCAGUCACCGAACUACGAAGCAUUCCCAUCCGCAGUCGGGCUGUCACUUUACUACCUCUGGAACGUUGCGACUGCUGUCAUUCUCUUGAACGUCCUCAUCUCUUUGUUCUCUUCGGCGUACGAAGAUGUCAUCGGAGAUGCUGCUGCAGAGUACUUGACGUACUUCGCGGGGAAAGUAGUCAGCAUGAUUAGAGCUCCUGACGAGUUCAUCUAUCCUCCCCCGUUCAAUCUCAUCGAGAUCUUCUUCGUUGCACCUUUCGAAUACUUCGUCAGUGAAAAAACGUACGGCAGGAUGAACCGUCGUAUCAUGAGCAUCCUGUUCUUCGUUCCUCUGGUCACGAUUGCGCUUUUCGAGGCACAUUUCAACCCCGAGAAGCAUCAAUGGGUCAAAGAUUGGUUCAGCUCCGCGGAGGAGGGAGGAGAUGAUGCACCGCAGUUCCAAGAUCCUCAGGUCACCGGCCAAGAUUCUGAUCGUGGUCUUGUAAUCAGCAAGGUUCCAUUCAAGGACAUCGUGGCAAAGUUCCCUGACGCUACCCAUUCCCCGGAGGCCGUGAUGAUGCAAGAAAUGAAGACGCUGCGCGCCGAACUUGCUGAGAUGAAAGAGCUUAUCAAGCAUAUGGCGGCUGGAGGUGCCAAGGGGGGAUGA